GGGAAAACUCCAUCAAAACACUAAAUCUCUGUGAACCAAUGUAGUUCAGGUGAAAGAGCAUUUAGGGUGGCCGUGAGGGAAGUAUCUAAACAGUGGUUUGGGAAGUGUCAUUUGUCCUUCCCCACCAGCAUCAGUGUUUAUACACUUCACCAAGGCAUACUGAGGAGACAUGCAAGUAGAAACAGAGGACUGAAGUUGCAUCAGUUCCUCGCCAUUUCAUGUGUUUCAGUCACCAUCAGUGAUCACACAUUUGCUUUGGUAAGGCCAAAAGGCACCUUGCAGCUGCUGCUAGAAUGUGCUUCAAAGAAAUGGGGUCUCUGUGGACCAUGAGCCCUGCCUGCCCUGUCAUAUUAAUGUGAUCACCUCCCAAAUCCUGUAGCCUUCUAUGAGCAAUACCAAGAAGGGGCUUCUUAUUCUGGGAGCAAGGAACAAGAUUGAACUCCUCCUCUAUUCACUUACUCUACUCUACUUACACUAGUAAAUCAGCCCCUCCCAAACGCACCUGCCUUGAGUUCUGCUAAUGGCUGUAAAGCCACAAUAUCUGUAACAACUGUCCUGAUGUUAAACUCCCUGCAGCUGAUUGUUAGCCCAUAGUACCACACAAGUGCUUGCCAAACAGGUUUUACUUCAAAACACAGGCCCAGGGGGGUUGACAGUAUCAGCCUUCCUGUAAUUCUAAGUGAGCUUGGCUUUGAUUUCCUAAAUGGGGAGGCAGAUAGGAUCUGUUUGCAUGGGUGUAAAAUGUUCUCAGGGAUAUUUGCACUCACCCCCCAUGAUGCACCUGAAGGGAGUAGGCAAGUGUAACGAGAGCUAAUCUCAGCUUUGGUGAGCAAGGAUCAAUGCUGGGCACCUCUCUACAGGUAAUGAAUAACUCUACUCAGCACUCAAAUCCCUGGCAAAAUCUAGGAGGCCGUUUUGGCAUGCUGUAUCCAGUGGGGCUUUGGCAGUGUGGAGAACCAAAGCAGAAAGAAAGCAACAAGUCCAGUUGCAUUGUCUCCUUGCAAUAAAUAAAAUAACUAAACAGCCCAAGAGCGAAUACCAAGUGAGAUUUUUAAAAGUUGGAUGAAUAACAGAGUGGGCAUUUCAAAGGGGCACGAGGGAAUGAUGCCCUGAGUUCGGAGCGCCCGAAUCCUUCAGGUUCCUUUGCAAUGCCCACCCAAAAUGUGCAAACUGAGACUGAACCAAAACCCAAGAUCCAAAGAAACGGGAGGCUUGCAGUUCAAAACUCUGGAUCUAGAUCAGAAUUACGCAGACAGGUCUCUGUGCCAUGGGAGUGUUAUUAGCGUGGGAGGCUAAGGGCAUUCACACCCGUGUUGUUUAUAUAGCUUCCAAAGGCAUCCGGGCCUGUUUAAAACAUGUCACUGGACCAAAGAGCUUAUCUUAUCGCCAGUGGACCCGCUGGUUACAAGUCCAGUAGCUUGCUCUGAGUGAGGAGGUAGAUUCUUAACUGGUCCUCACAGCAGAUGGGACUUGUCCGUGUGCCUCACUAUUUUACAGCGAUGGUGUCCCUUUAAAUAUUAUUUUCACAAGUUAAGGUUACAAAGCAGCAUCUGAGAACAGGAAAUGCAGGGAGGUAGGUCUCACCCGACCGCGGAAAACUGAGUUGAGCAAGAAAGACAGCGACGGCUCAGGCCUGAGUUGGGCGGAUAACGUGUAACGGCAACAUCCCUCCUCUGCGUUCUUACCGAACUAACUCCCCUGAGAGCUUGGGAUCCCUUUCGCACAACAAGCCGGUGCCCUGCGCUUCAGACAGGCUGAAACCCUCCCUGAAGCACUACUAGAAGGCUAUGGAGCGGAAGAGGACUCCAACCAAAGGCAGGCGGCUGGGCUCCAGCCGACGGAAGCAACUAAGAGAAAUGAGUGACCAGGCAAAGGAAUCCUCGAUCCUAGAGGAGGAGCCAGUGGCGUCCGAAAUAAUGGAAAAGGUCCAGGAUUUCUUCCGGGAAUGCGACAAGGACCAGAAAGGAUUCCUCACCCGUGCCAACAUGCAGAACCUGAAGAUGAGGGAUCUCCCAUGCAGCGCCGAGGAGCUGGAGUUCAUCUUCGAUACUCUCGAUACGGAUAAGAAUGGAUCUUUAACGACAGAGGAAUUCACCACAGGGCUGCGGCAGUUCCUGAGCACACAGACUGCAACCAGAGAGCAUCGGAGGAGGAAAACAGCUUCCCGGAGGGUGCACAUGAUGUCUGCUAACCUGUCUCUGGAAGAUGUGGAUAGUGAGGAAAGGAAAUGCUUCAUAGACUUCAUGGACCAACUGGGUGCAGAGAACAUCUUUGAAGACCAGUCGGAGAUUUGGAAGCUGUGGGUGAAACUGCGUCAGGAUGAGCCGCACUUGCUGGGCAACUUGGAGGAGUUCCUGGCCAAGAUGACAAAUUGGAUCAAGGAAGCAAGGAGUGAAAAGGCAACCCUGGAGCUGACCUUAACCAAACAAGUCACUGAACGCAACAGGGAGGUGCAGCAUCUGUACGAAGAAAUGGAGCAGCAAAUCCACCAGGAGAAGCAGCGGCUGCAACAUGAGCUUGAGACUGAAUUUUAUAGCCUCCAGACCAACCAGCAGGCUGCCAGCUCUGAAAACCAGCAGCUAAAACAAACCAACCAGGACCUGGAGACCCAGCUGCACCAAAUCCACCAGCAGCUCCAAGAGACCCACGAGCACCUGGGUGCUAUGAAAAGCAGGGUAUCCCAGCUGCACAGUGAAGAAAUGAGGCAAGUACUCCUCAGGUAGUCACUAUGGGACACCACAGGCUGGAGAAAAGCCUUUGGGCUGUCUAAAGGUCAGCCUUUCUCCCAGAGAGGAACCCCCAGAUCACGGGUGAGGCAGGAGCCAGUAUCUGUGCUGGAGGGAAGCUUGCCCUACUGCUCCCCCGGCCAUCCCUGCUCCAUGGACAGAGUUCUGCCACCUGUCACCAGUCUGAAUGCACAUGGUACUUUCUGCACAUCCUUUUUCCACUCUUCAAAUAACCCCUCUCUUCUCUACCUCAAUCUCACCAGCUGUCCCAUGACGGGAUCCCUCACUGUGCUCAGCAAGGAUAGCAGCAUCCUGCAGCUGAGGCAUCUAGGUGAAGGCACGACAUGUAUGGCAUCAUACACAGCAGUUGUAACAUCACU